AUGUUCACCAAUGAUCUCCCUUCCUAUUUAUUGCCCUUCUUACAAUUGUAUCCCGUACAGGGUCCGUCCAAACGAAACACCCCCGCCUCAAGCACGCGUGUGGACACUCGAUCUUUCGAAUUAUGCGAAGGUUUGGUCAAACUUCGCCUGUGUAUCUCAGACACUCCCGGUUUCGGACAGGGUGUUGACAAUUCGACUUGUUGGCAACCGAUUGUGGAUUAUCUGGACCAGCAAUUCGAGGCGUACUUAAAAUCCGAACUCAGUGUGACCCGAACCACUGUCGGUUCCGGUGCACCUUACUCAUCCUCCCUGGCCAAGGACUCGCGAGUGCACGUGUGCAUAUAUUUUGUCGCCCCAUCUGGUCAUGGACUGCAUCAGUUAGAUAUUGAAACAUUGAAACAUUUGCACUCUAAGGUAAAUCCGAUGAACACGUAUUCCCUGUUUUCGGUUCCUGGCCUUUCGGAUACGAUUCCAAAGAUUGAAGGGGACAAUUUCUGCCUUCAGUUAUAG